CGACGCGAUCUCAAUAAUUCCUUUUCCACUUGAAGUAGACGCUAUACCUCCAAUAAAGACAUUUUCGACAUUUUUUUCCAAUUAAACGACACUUCUUUAUCCGGAGGAAAUACAGAUAUUGUCUUGAACACUGUCUAAACAUGUCCACACAAGCUGCGCGAAGCAUACGCUUCACGCAUACCUUUCCGCAGCAGGGCUUCAGAUUACUAGAGCUCCCGCCUGAGAUGCUGGAGCUUCUAUCAAAGGAAGAUGCGCCUGUGUACGUUGGCCCUUACACUCCUUUCCCUGCCUGUUUCUGGCUAAUGCAUCCUUCCCUCAGGUUCCAUCUCAAAUCACCCUCCUCCGACCUCUCCCAAGUGACCGCAGAGCCCGGUGCUCGCGAAUACGUCAACCUUUGCAGCGCCACGCAGACUUUCCGGAUCAGACAAGUUCAGUCUUCGAAUUCGAUACAUAUCCUUAGACCAACAGAUGGAAAUACACAAUCGAACGAUAAUGGUGUCGAAAAUGGAGAGCUGGAUCUUAGUGAGACGGUAACGACGGUUGCGAAAUGUGGAUCGACAUUGGAAUUGCACGUGCCGCCAGGAGGAUUUUCAGCAGUACCGUUUCUAGAAAAGGCUCUGAGAUUAUAUGAUCGAUUGAAUUGGGAUGGGGAUGUUUCAAUGAGAAGUGCCGGGACAGAGAUGACGCCUGCAGAGAGGAGGAGGUUGAAGGAGAAGUUGUUCGCCGAUAUACCUGUUUCUACUGCUCAGUGCCAAAGUGGAUGGGAUGAGUUAUGUGCAUUCGUGCAUGGAGACGAUACCGGAAAUGAUCAGGCCGUGUGCUGGCGGCCGUCUGCGAGGGUCAAGAUGGCGGUGUGGAAGAGGAUGCUCGAGGGUUCUGUGCUUCAGGGGAUCGACAUGGAAAAGCAGUUCCUAGCUGCGGAUCUUUGGAAGGCAGUCCUUGAUGAGGGUGAUGAGGAGCCAUUUCCUCGUGCGCUUUUUGAUGCUGUUCUUAGAAGGCUGCUGGAGUCGCCAGGAGCUGACGGUUCAGAAGUGAAAUGGGCAAAUUUUGACAAGGAUGUCUGCACACGGUGGGUGGGAGAAACAUACCUGGAAGCGUUGGCACCAACAGCAAGUGCAGCUGCUGUGCGAACGGACUUCUUGAAUGCCUGGAAAGAUCAUUUACCGGAGUCUUGGAGGUCCGAAGCCUCUCUGUCAGCAUUGACAGAUGGUUCUUACAAAACUACUGACCCUACAACGAUAUACUUUGUCAGUUAUGCUGAGCGGGUAAAGAUGAAGAGCAAUGCACUAAAUGGUGCUGGGGCUGCAACGGCCAAAAACUCAAGAAACUGGCAUGAAAGGUUCCGAAGCCAAAGACGGCAAUGAUGUUCAAUUCAUGUGGACACUCAAUUGUUGAGUUUUCUAAUGAU